GGAGUACAGUGCACGUUAUUCGAUAUUGGACAUCGACAGUUCACUGACAUUUAAGAGCGGUUCAUAGGUACUUCGUGUGGUGACAAUCGGUUUUUGUUUCUACACGUUGAUCCUAAGUCGUGUCAACAUGUUGGAACUGAAGUAUCUGAUACUUGUGUUUUUAGCCUUGGCGUUUUCGCCAUUGACUGAGCGGUGUGUAGCUGAAGACCUAGAAGGCGAAGGAGAAAUACUCAAAACAUUUACAGUUGAUGCAACUGUUGAAGGAGUCAGCAAAGAAGGAGCAGUUACUGAUGAUAAUGCAGCUGUAGUGGCAGAAGAACGAAUUAAAUUAGAUGGUUUAAAUGCUGCACAGUUACGAGAGCUGAAAGAACAAGCAGAGAAAUUUACUUUCCAAGCUGAAGUUAAUCGAAUGAUGAAACUUAUUAUUAACUCUUUAUAUAGAAAUAAAGAAAUUUAUUUAAGAGAACUUAUUUCAAAUGCUUCGGAUGCUUUAGAUAAAAUAAGAUUAUUAGCAUUGUCUGAUAGUAGCCUAUUAGAUGCAACUAAUGAACUUUCUAUCAGAAUUAAGGUGAACAAAGAGUCUGGUAUGUUGCAUAUUACUGAUACAGGAAUUGGUAUGACUCGUGAAGAUCUGGUAAAAAAUCUGGGCACCAUAGCUAAAUCUGGUACUGCUGAGUUUUUAAGUAAUUUAAACUCCGGAGAUGGUCAAGAUAAGAAUAUGAAUGACAUGAUUGGACAAUUUGGUGUUGGAUUUUAUUCUGCUUUUCUUGUUGCUGACAAAGUAUUGGUUACCACUAAGCACAAUGAUGAUAAACAAUAUAUAUGGGAAUCAGACGCCAACAGUUUUUCUAUUGUUGAAGACCCCAGAGGACCAACACUUAAGAGAGGAACACAAAUUAGUUUACAACUGAAAGAGGAAGCCCUUGAUAAUUUAGAAAUAAAUACUCUGAAAACUUUAGUCAAAAAAUACUCUCAAUUUAUCAACUUUCCUAUCUAUUUAUGGUCAAGCACAACUGAAUCUGUAGAAGAACCUAUUGAAGAAGACGAGCAGCCAGAAAAAGAGACAUCAGAGGAUGAUGAUGCAGCAGUAGAAGAUGCUAAAGAAGAAACACCAAAAACCAAAAAAGUAGAUAAGACUGUUUGGGAUUGGGAAAUCCUUAAUAACCAUAAACCUAUAUGGACACGAAAACCUGAUGAUGUAGAAGCAAAUGAGUAUAAUGAAUUUUAUAAAGCACUAACUAAAGAUACAAAGGAUCCAUUAACUUAUACACAUUUUAAUGCUGAAGGUGAAGUAUCAUUUAAAUCCUUGCUUUAUGUUCCGUCUGCUCAACCAUCAGAUACCUUUAACAAAUAUGGUACAGUUACGGACAACAUUAAGCUUUAUGUUAGAAGAGUAUUUAUAACAGAUGAAUUUACCGAUUUAUUGCCAAAAUAUUUAAGUUUCCUUCAAGGAAUUGUAGAUUCAGAUGAUUUACCGCUGAAUGUUUCACGUGAAGUUUUACAACAACAUAAGUUACUUAAAAUCAUCAAAAAAAAACUUAUUCGUAAAGCUCUUGAUAUGCUUAAAAAGUUGGAUGCUGAAUCAUACAAGACAUUCUGGGCUGAAUAUUCUACAAACAUAAAAUUGGGCAUUAUUGAAGAUCCAUCUAAUAGAGCCCGUCUUGCCAAGUUGUUGCGAUUCCAAUCAUCUGUUGAAGAAACUCCAACAUCAUUAGCAGAUUAUGUUAAACGCAUGAGUGAAAAACAAGAGCAUAUUUAUUAUAUUGCCGGUUCUAGCAAAGCAGAACUUGAACGUUCUCCUUUUGUUGAAGGCAUUAUUCGUAAAGGAUAUGAAGUUCUGUAUCUAAUUGAAGCUGUAGAUGAAUACACAUUGUCUGCUAUUCCUGAAUUUGAAGGUAAAAAGUUUCAAAAUGUAGCUAAAGAGGGUGUGUCUCUCACUGAAAAUAAAGAAAAGGCAGAAGAAUUGAAAGUUCAAUUUGAACCACUUACAAAAUGGUUUGGCGAAAAUGCUCUUAAAGAUCAAAUUUCAAAAGCGGUUGUAUCUGAUCGUUUAGCUGAAUCUCCAUGUGCUCUUGUUGCUGGAAUGUUUGGUUGGACUGGUAAUAUGGAAAGGUUAGCCUUAUCUAAUGCUCACCAAAAAGCUGAUGAUCCUCAAAGAGAAUUUUAUUUAAAGCAACGUAAAUCCCUUGAAAUAAAUCCACGCCAUCCUCUUAUAAAGGAUUUGUUACGAAGAGUAAAAGAUGAUCCUGAAGACCAAAAAGCAAAAGAUAUUGCAGUUAUGUUGUUUAGAACAGCAACAUUGCGGUCAGGAUUCAUGCUCCAAGAGUCUGCAGACUUUGCUGAAAGUGUUGAAGCUUUAAUGAGACAAUCAUUAGGCAUUCCUUUAGAUGAAAAAGUAAGUUAUGAUGAUGAAGAAUCUGUUGGUGAUCAACAAGUAGAUGAAGAAGAAGAUAAAGAAGAAUCCCUAGAACAUGAUGAAUUAUAAAAGUUUUGAAAAAUAUAUUUUAAAGAUGAACUGUAUCAGUUUAUCUAAUUAUAA